AUGAUAUUAAUAACGAUCUUACUGAUUUCUUCGGUAUCGUCCAUUGACGUCGAAGUCAGCGUGCAAUGUACGACGUGCGUGCUCGUAAAUAAAACGUGUUACAACGCUACUUAUCUACUAGACCUAGAUGCGCCCUUCAGAAAUAACAUCGUCAUCACCAAAAUUGGUAUAUUAAGGUCUGAGAAUGUUCUGUUCUACAGUUUCGAGCCGAGAAUAGAAGAUCUCGAGUAUUACAAAAUUGGGUUCGUUAACUUGGACGCGCCCGAGAAAACGGGUGUGAUCAAUAGCCCAAACUACGUAAUGAACUUCGGUAGUUUUGAUAUCGAUCAAGACAGAUCCUUGGUUUACUUGGGCGGAAAUGACGGAAUAUUUGAAUUGGACACGGGCUCCAGUCAACUCCUCCCUUAUAGCAGUCGCGGGGAUCCGAUCGAGAGCAUAUUCUACAAAAACAACGUUUACUUCGUCAGAUACAACGACAGAGGCAUCGUUGUAAAGAAAGGCGAUUAUUUUAAGACCAUUCUAGAAUAUGUGCCGGUAAACAAAUUUGUUAUCCACAAAACUGACAUAAUAGUUUUCAUGAAUAAUUUCGGUUUGUUCGUUGGCAGGGACAAGACUGUCUAUCGUGUAUCCAAGAAUCCUUUUUUCAGAGGUCUGACUGUUGAUCUAGAUGGCGAAGUAUACGCAUGGUGGAUCGAUGGAAUAUACAAGGUGAUAGUCAAAUGGAAUCUAGUGGAUUCUAAAGUUGUUAAAAUAGCACAUCUACCGUCUAUAGGAGCUAUGGCGUUUGAUAAUAUAAACAAUUUAUUAUUUACGUCAAAUAAAGCUCUUUAUAGAUUAGUAGAGACCACUUACAACUGUACACUGAAUUAA